AUGGACUCACCAGUACCGGCAACGGAUACACCGUCCUAUCCACCGACACCGUCCUCCCCCGAUCUAGCAUCUGAGAUCGAUCAGUUGUCUGUCAACCCCUCUCCAUCGCCUGCUCCACCCAGUCAAGCCAAAAUCGAUGUAGAGGAUGCCGAAUUGGAAAAAUUCAGAAAUCAGUGGAGAGAAGAGGUAAAAGCCAAGAAGGGCGAACCCGUACAUGGCGGUGCGAGAACGACGGGUAUAGGCAAGGGCAAAGAGAAGGAAGUGGAAGUUGGACCUGUAAGGUGGAAGGGCAAACAGAAUGAUCAACCACCAGCAGCUGAACCUGACCUUCCGAGCGAACGUUCAGGAGGAUCCGAGAAAAGCCUUUCACCAGUCAAAGAGAAGAUCAAACUUCCUUCUCCCAUUUCCCCCAAGAAACCAUUACGUUUCGUUCCAGGCGAAGCGGUAGAUCUGGAUAAAUUAGAUUCCUAUCUGACCACGACGACUUUCACACCUUUCAAACCUGCGUCAGUUCAUCGGCCUACCAGGUUCACAGGCUCGAUAGCGCCCGAAGGACAAGAAAGGGAGAGUGCCAUACAGAUAUACCAAAGGGCGAUUGAGAGUGAACAGAGUGGGAAGUUGAAUGAGGCGUUGAUGUUGUACAGGAAAGCUUUCAAGCUGGAUGACGACAUUGACAGGACAUAUGCUAGAUCCCUCAAAAACAAGUCCAAUAGUAUCACGCAAGAUAAAAAAUCCCAAGAGACAGAACUACCUCCCACACCUUCAUCGUCCGAUAUAAUCUCCUCCAAACCACCUUCGAUCGAGCCUUACUCAUUCGCAAGACAUAUUCAGACGGCGCCAGAUUACGAAAAGACGCAUCUCCCUGCUCCCGCUUUUACCACCAGUCCCCUUCCCGCUCUUUCUCGACCUGCCGAAUCCGUUUAUCCAAUAUCACCCCUUACCCGAAUGUUCAACAACCUGUCCACCCCAUCGAACGAAUUGACAUUCCACCCGGAUGAAGAAGAAUUACCAUGUCCCAUUACAAAAUUACCCAAUGAGCUGUUCGAACCUAUCUUGAUGAACCUUGAUGUAACGUCUAUAGAGAGAUUCGGAUCGGCAUGUUGGAAAUCCCGUUGGUUGACACAUGUCUCCCUGGCUUGGAGGGAUAUAGCUGAGAGAAUAUACAAACCUCCGGCGAUGUUACCACCUGCGCCCCAAAUUACUGGAGAUAUGCAGGAACGGACGGGUGGCGAUGGCGAGAAUGAAGGAAUGAUAUCGCAGAAAUUCAACGAGGAAUCAAGGGUAGAACCUAUCCGGGUGAAAGAUCUAGUCAAAAGACAUAGAGACGAGUGGAGAACGACGGUAGUAGAGGAAGAGAGGAUAAGGAUGGAUGGAUGCUACAUUGCGGUUUGUCAUUAUAUCCGUCCUGGUGCAGGUGAAGAAUGGGUAACGAUCACACACAUGAUAACAUACCAUCGAUUCUUGCGGUUCUACCCUGAUGGCAAUGUGAUAUCAUUCCUCACAACGGAUCAUCCAUCGGAAAUCGUACCAUCCCUUCGGCCGUCCAUCCGAGGUAAAGGUUUACAUUUCGGUCGCUGGCGUUUAAUCAGAUCAGAUUCAGAUAAGAAUUCAAAUACAAACGUGGAUUCGCAAACGACUAAAGACGGUAAAAAGUUUGCUAGGGUAAUUAUUACCGACUUGCUAGAACCGGGAAACGAAAGUCCGAAGUAUGAGUUUGAGAUGGAAUUGAUUCUGAAGUCAACUGGUCGAGGGAGAUGGAACAAACUAGAGAUCUUGGAAUAUAGAUCGAUAAAUCUCAUGACUGGUGAAGUACUGGCGCUGGCGCUAAAACAUCAGAAACCAUUCUACUUCUCAAAAGUCAGAUCGUAUAAUCCACCGUUUUAG